AUGAUUGUAGGUUCUGACCAGGCUAUGGGACGUUAUGCUCAAGGAAGUAAGAACCUGGCCACGUCUUCGUCUUGUGUUCAUAGAGAUUUGAACGAAUCAUGGACAAAACUGGAUGAUGAUGCUGACGUUACUGUGGACCUCUCCGAAGAAAAUCUCGGGGAAUCAGCUAGAAAUUAUGGUCAUUCAACUGAAAGUCAAUCAAGGAAAAAUAGACUGUUCCAAAACACUCACACCCAUGGAACUAAUUCCGAUAGUACUCAUGGUGGGAGUGCGACAACAAAACAAAUGCGACCUGCUCGUCCCUAUGACAACCUAGGCAUGUCUUUCACGACUGUAUCAGAGGCAAUUACAGAGAUCUUUUCCAAGCAUUCUGUUCCUCAGCUUUUCGCAGAAAUGGCAAAGCUGCUUCUGAUGCGAUGUCUCCUCGCAUUUCUCUAUUCUGCAUUACUGUUUUCUGCAACCUCAGCAACUACAGAUCCGCUUGAUGCUUCAUUAACCAUAUCAGAGGAGAGAAUCCCCAGACAAUCAAGAACACAUCAGCUGAUUCCCUCUCUCUCUUUUGCAGUUACAGCACUACAAGAUCUUUACAGUGCCCUGAACUUCCCACCUCAGCUAACUAGAUGGAAAUCCAUUGGUGGCGACCCCUGUGGGGAAGAUUGGAAGGGAAUAUCAUGCUCUGGAACUUCUGUUCAAUCCAUUAAGAUUGAUGGACUAGGGAUCAACGGAACAUUGGGUCUCCAGCUAUCAAGCCUCCUCUCACUGAAAUAUUUUGAUGCUGGAUUCAAUAGUAUUCACAGUGAAAUUCCUUUCAAUUUACCCCCCAAUGCCACCCACAUAAAUUUGGCAUUCAAUCAAAUCAGCCAGAACAUCCCAUCCUCCUUGGCUUCUAUGAAAUAUCUCUGCUCCCUGAAUCUUAGCCACAAUUCCCUAUCUGGGCCCAUUGGAAACAUAUUUACAGAUCUGCUAAAUCUAAAACAAUUGGAUCUAUCUUACAACAAUUUCAGUGGAGAUUUGCCAGUCUCAUUCAGUAAUUUGACCAAUCUUAACAUUCUUCACUUACAGAACAACCAAUUCACUGGAUCGGUUAUCUUCCUGGAUAAGCUCCCACUGUCUGAACUUAACAUCCAAAACAACCACUUUAGCAGUGUUAUUCCAAAGCAUUUUGAAACAAUUCCAAUUCUCAGUAUUGAGGGAAAUGUGUUUGUGACUGGGGUUGUGCAUUCUCCUUCCCCUUAUAACCCUCACCACAAUAAGUCAAUUGGUCUGAGUGAAAGUAAUGCCCCAGCAACCAAGUCAAGUGCCCUCAAGAUCUAUACCUUUCUCACAGCGGAUAUCCAUAAUCACAAGUGGCUGGGACCUGGAACAAUAACUUAUAUAGUUGGUGCAGCAGUAUUUGUAGUAAGCUGUGUUGCGGCCCUUGUUUCAAUCCACAUCCGUAUCUCACAUAAACGUAAGCUUAAGAGAUUGAAGAUUAUCCACCGCACUUCACAUCAUCUUCCGAUCAGUACACCAAUCAGAGUACCAAGAGACAGCCCGGGGCAAUGGUCCGUUUCUAUGGACAUUUUAAGGCCUAUACCUUCCGUUCGUAAUUGCAGAACGGAUGGACUCUCUAGAAUAAGAAGCCUUUCAAAGAGAAGAAGAGCACUAAUGACUGCUAAGCUUUAUACUGUUGCAGACCUGCAAGCUGCUACAAACUGCUUCGCAGAAGACAACCUUCUUGGAGAGGGCUCUCUUGGUUCCGUCUACAAAGCCACAUUCCCUGAUGGUGAGAUUUUUGCUGUGAAGAAAAUCAAUAUGAUGCCACUGUCUCUCCAUGAAGAAGUCGAAUUUCUGGAGCUAGUCAGGAACAUGUCUCUUUUGAGGCAUCCAAACAUCUCGAGCCUUUUCGGCUAUUGUAUGGAGCACCAGCAGUACUUUCUGGUGUAUGAGUUUGCUGGGAAUGUAUCACUCGAAGACAUCCUGCAUUUUGCUCGAGAUGAUGGUAGAUACCUGUCCUGGAAUGCUCGUGUCUGGAUUGCGCUUGAUGUAGCCCGGGCUUUGGAGUAUUUGCACUUAUUAUCGCCUUCUAUUGCACAUGGCAACAUAAAGGCUGCCAAUGUCUUGCUCAAUGAUGAGCUCACGCCUCGUAUCUGUGACUGUGGAUUAGCUGUUCUGAGGCCCCUCACCUACAUUAAGGUUAAGGCUUCUGAACUGCCUAGUACUGGUGGCACGGGUUACAAAGCUCCCGAAUAUGGGAUGCCUGGAAUCGAUAAUACAAAGAGUGAUGUCUAUGGGUUUGGAGUUUUGCUGCUGGAGCUCCUUACUGGGCUGAAACCGUUUGACAGUUCAAGGGCAAGAAAGAAGCAGUCUCUAAUUAAAUGGGCUUCAACACGGCUGCACAAUUUCAGUUCUUUGCAAGAGAUGGUCGAUCCGGCCAUUAGAGACAGCCACUCCGCCUUGGCACUGUCCCAGUAUGCUGAAGCCAUUACCCUGUGUACUCAGGUAGAACCAGAGCUAAGGCCCCCCAUCUCUGAGAUUGCGGAAUUGCUGGCCUCUCUGAUCCAACGGACAAUCCGCACCGGACAGAGUUGGGCAGACAUGGUCGAGGUGGACUCAACUGGCACGCCUUUCAGGACUCCAAGCAGCCAGUUCGAAUCUUGACUACCAUGACUGGCUUCCUUUGCGCAGUUCAGAUAGCCACAGCUGCAGCAGCAUCAUCUGAUCUGAGUCUGGUAGAUGUUCGUCUUUGGAGUGGGACCAAUUUGGAUUCCCGGUCGAUAUCAUUAUGUUAUUUAAUUUUAUACAUCUGUAAAGAUCGGUUGUAAUUUGAAUUUCUGGUCUGCGUUAUGCAGUUGUCGAAUUGUUGCA